GGCGGCCUCAAAACUUGACGAUGAGGUUGAUCGUUUUUUCACCGCAUAUUCGUCGAGGUCUUUAGGAUUUAUUAGAAAUUUGUAACGGCACCAGUUUGAAAUGUCCUGGGUUUUUGUGACGUCUAAAGUCAAUGGCCAAAAAGCAAGGAAGUAUUUUGAAGACAGAGGACUGUAUGAUAAAGAGAGGAAAGUGACAAAGUCCUCCACAAAUGAAGUGAUGAUUCCUUUACAACAAGAGCCGGCUGAAAAACUCAAUGAACAGUCAGGAAAAAGUGAUACAUCUUGGCUUGUUCCAUUUGAGGGGAGGGUUGAAUGCAUAGAUGCUGAUAAAUUGAUUGUAAGACUGGGUAGAUUGUCUCCUCAAGAGAAGUUGAAGAUUGCUUUAGACAAUUUAUUAUACAUGAAUGGUAGAACAUUUGAUGGGUUGUUACCAGAUGAUAUACCAUCACAUUGGGAGCAGCAUGGAGACCUUAUUCUAUUACCAGAGAACAGUUUCACUUCAGAAAAAUGGAGAGACUUUGAUGGUGAAUUAUGGAGAACUGUUGCAAAAAGUCUUGGUGUCACAAGACUUGCCAAGAAAUCAGCUAUAUGUAGGGAUGGUUUCAGAACCCCCAAAGUCACUAUGCUUCUGGGUGAGAAUGGAUGGGUGACUCACACUGAUAAUGGCAUUAAAUACACCUUUGAUGUCACAAAGUGCAUGUUCUCUUCAGGAAAUAUUACAGAAAAGAUCCGAGUUGGAAAUUUUGACUGUUCUGGUCAAACUGUUGUUGAUCUUUAUGCUGGAAUUGGUUAUUUUGUCCUGCCCUAUCUUGUUCAUGCUAAAGCAGCCAUGGUUCAUGCUUGUGAGUGGAAUGAAAAUGCUGUAGAGGCUUUGAGAAGAAACUUGAAAUUGAAUGGUGUUGAUAAACAAUGUGUCAUUCAUGAGGGAGAUAAUCUGAAGUUUCCUCUUCGAGGAGUAGCAGACCAUGUCAACUUGGGCCUUAUCCCCUCUAGUGAGGCUGGAUGGCUGGUGGCUUGUGCUGCACUUCGUCCUGAUAGAGGAGGGUGGUUACAUGUUCAUGGAAAUGUCACAUCAAGUAUAAAAGACCAGAAAGGAAUAGUAAAUAGCAAAUUGUCAGAGUCAUUAGCUGGAGAAACCUGUCUGUCUGUAAGUCAAACCAAGAAAGCCAAUAUGACAAGCCUACAGAGUACUUUUGAUGACAAUUGUGGUUUUAAUGGAGUAGAACAACCUUCAUCAAUUCACUGUCAUUCAGAGAAUACAUCAACAUGUGUAGUAAAUCAAGGCCAUGUACACAACAACAGGAUGGUUUUGAUAAAAUCUUCUGAGCUGGAAUCGUCAAUGAUCUCUGCUGAGCCCUUAACAGUUUCAGUUGAGUCUAACCUACCAUUCUGGAAACAAAACCACAUACCCUCCUGCAACAAGAAAGUAAAGCAAGAGUGGCUAGAUUGGGCAAAAUAUGUUACUCAGACUAUACUGCCUCAUUUAAGGAAAUCACAUGGUAAACAAGAGUGGAAUGUUCAAGUGAGGCACAUUGAACAUGUCAAGUCCUAUGCUCCUCACAUAGAUCAUGUAGUGUUGGAUGUGGAAUGUUGUCCAUCAUCUGAUUAUUAAUCCUGGUGUUCUUAGCCCUGGUUGUACAUAAAUCAAGUGCUUCUUUGGUUGGAUCUUAACCAGAAAAUUACUUUCAGGGCAAAAAACAGAAAUUUAAAGUAAUAUAAUGUAUACACAUGCAAGUUAACAAUUAAUUAAAAUAAUAAUUUAACUAUUAUCAUAUUUAGUUUUCUGCAUACUUUCACUUCCCUUGAAACACAAUAAGAUUGAUGUGAUUGAAAUGAAUGGUAAUUUUGGAGCCAAUAUUGUGAAUCAAAGGGAACAGAACAAAGGAGAUAAUAAGACACCCAUACAUUGAUGUCAUUGUUUUGUAUGAAAAUGUAUUAUUUUUUAAAAUGGUAAAUACAGACAAGCGUAGUAUCCAGGAACAGAACAAGAAUUGUAACAUGUAUCCUGCUACAGACCAUCAUUAUUAGAGACAUUUUUUAAUUCCGAGAAUGGAGUCACAGAACCUCUAUUUGACCUUAACAAGCUUAGUUCUUAACAGUUACAGUUAGGCAUAGCUACCUAAAGGUGAUUUGUGAAAGAAAUGUCUUGAAUAACCCUAGAGCUGAACAUCAAAUAACAGUUAUGUCUUAAAAUGUUUUAAUUACAAGAAAUUGAUUGAAAAAUAUUCACCAAAUAA